GAAGCGGCGGCGCGGAGCAGAGCGGCGGGGGAUCCGGCGAAGCCACUGGCAGCAGUGGCACCAUGCAGCAGGAGGCAGGUGGCGGCCGGCCACGCCUCAGGAAACCUGACAUGGCCCUCUACGUGCCCAAAGCGCGACGGGAGAGGGCAGCACAAGCGGCAGGGGACAUGCUGGUAGGACACCACCACGAGCUCGAGAACCAACACCUGGCACAGCACACCGGCCGGGGCAGUGGUGAGCGACAGAGGAGAAGCCCCCAUGCCAGGACACAAAUGAGCAGAGUGGUGAGAAAGGAGAGCAAGGUACAUGCCAGUCCGAAAGAUCCACAGGCAGCCUCUGCUGGGCACUGCCAGAGACUGGGAGGCAGCUUCUCUGUGGUGCCAGAGGACCUGAGGGUAUCACCCAGCAGUUGGGAGCCAUGCCUGGAUCCAGCUGUUGCCCAGCCCUCGGAUGGGCAGGACAAAGCAUCCCAUGGUGAAGGACUUGGGGAGCUCAGCCAUGGCCACCAGGUGAUGAGGACUGAGACUGACCCUCCAUCUCCACCAAGUGUCCACUCUGGGACCAUGGAGGCUACCACUGGGCCUAGGGGUGACUUUGCAAGCCCAACGCCCUCUGCAAGCCCAGUGCCAGCAUCUCAGACAGGGCCGAGUGGCAUGUCAGAGAAUGUAGGGGACAACACCCCGGAUCCAUAUGGGGACCUCUCCCAGUGCCCAGGAGAGGAUCUACAGCUGGCAGGGCUGGGCAACCAGGGCAGUGUGCCUGAUCUGCCAUGGGAGGUUGCAUGUCCAAAAGACCAGGAGGAGGAGAGGAGGAUCGAGGAGUAUCUCCUGACAGAGCAGAGCAAGAGAUGUGCUGCUGAGGUGCCAGAGGAAGACAUGUCUGAGCCUGCCAGAGAGAGUGCCUUGGAUGCACCAGGAACUGCUGGCUGUGAACCCGGGUGCUCUAUGGGUGGCACAGCCCAAACUACAGUGCACCCAGGGGAGAGCACCCUAAAGCAGGGCAUCACCAGCUCAUCCCAGCUCCCACCUGGCGAGGAGGAGAGCAGUGCUUGUGCUGGGCAUCCCAGUGGGGAGGGUGCCCUGGUGCCUGCUGCAGAGGGAAUGGGCAGCACCUCUGCCUGCACAGAUGGCACCACCAGGGCUGAGAGUAGUCCACUUGGUGCUGGUAAGGAGCUGGUGAGCAGCAUGUGGGAGGGUGCACCCAUGGACAGCCAUGAGCACCCAUCACCUCUGGAGCUGUUGUGCCAUGGCGUAGAGGGGCUCUCACCCAAGGCCUGGGCAGAGGAGCUAGCAGGGGCAGACAGGGACAUGGGCACACCACAGCAGCACUGGUGUGGCCAGAAGGCUGAGGAAGAAGAUGGAGGUCUCCACAGCAGCUCCCCAAAGGCAGAAAAGACCACUGCUGGGUCGCUGAGUCAGGCCAGCCUGGGUGCUGAGGAGAGCUGGGAUGCCCUGUUCAACGAUGAUGGGGACUGCCUGGACCCACGUCUGCUAGAGGAGCUCUCAGGGGGUGGCAAGCACCGUGAGAGCCAGCAGUCGUCCCGCUUUGACUACUACAGGGCUGAGCCCACCCCACCAGACCUCAACGAUGCUGAGCUGCCCCAUGUCAUCGAGAUCUAUGAUUUCCCCUCGGAUUUCCGCACCGAGGACCUGAUGCGUGUUUUCUGCAGCUAUCAGAAAAAAGGUUUUGAUAUUAAGUGGGUGGAUGAUACACAUGCCCUGGGCAUCUUCUCCAGCCCUAUAACAGCAUCUGAUGCCCUCAGCACCAAGCACCUGAUGGUGAAGACACGCCCUCUUUCCCAGGCUACCCGUGCCUCUAAAGCCAAAGCCAGGGCCUAUGCUGACUACCUGCAGCCGGCCAAGGAGCGCCCUGAAACGUCGGCUGUCCUGGCCAGGCGGCUGGUAAUUGGUGCCCUGGGGGUACGCAGCAACCAGACACCAGCCCAGCGAGAUGCCGAGCGGAGGAAGCUGCAAGAAGCCCGGGAGAGGAAGCGCCUGGAGAACAAGCAGCGGGAGGAUGCCUGGGAGGGCCGAGACUGAGCUGGGAGGCUGCACCUUCAGCCCCACUAGGACCUCUGCUGGGGUGCCUGAGCUGCUUACCUUGGGCAGGCAGGGCACCCUGCAUCCAAGAGCUGGGGCAGAUCCUGCACCACAAAGCAGUUGGCUGCUCCAUUGAAAGGGCUGAGCAGGACGUGGGCAAUUGGAUGCUGACUGUCAGGCAGGACUCCCAGUGCUGCCCACUGCAACACGAGCAGCCAACAGGACAUGGGGACCUCAGCAGUAAGCGCAUGGGUCUGUGUGGGGUGGCCCUGGCCACCUGAGAGGGCCUUGCAAGUGAGAGUUUCUGUCCUUUAUUUUGAUA